CCCAUAUGCAGAGCUUAGAAUCCCAAAAAGAUCCGAAAUUUUACAGCACAAUAACUCUUCAGAAGUCAUUACUUAAGGAUAAGAAGUAUGAAGACCUUAAGGAGAGUAAAUAAGAUUUCGGACUCCUUACAAAAAAGAGGCAUCAAGAACUAUUCGCAAACUUAUUGGGCAUCAAAUAGAAGCAACUCAUCAGCAAUUCCAAGCGAGAGGCUACCUUCAUUCAACCAAUUUAAAAGAAACAAAUAACUCAUUCAAUGGGUCAAGGGAUGGGAAGGGUUUACAGUCAGAUAAUAACAACUCUGGGAGUUUGUCAGGUCUUAACGGGUGGUUCACAUCGACUCUUCCAGAGCCUAUGAACCUUGAUAUGUCAAGAUUUAAAUAAAAUUCAAACUUUAAAAUACAUUAAACCUCACAGUCACAAUAAACCGAUUACUGGUUUUAAACUAGGUGUGAAUAGGCUGAAGAAAAGACUGGAAAUAAAUAGAAAUAAGCUACCCCACUAUAUCGAUGGAAAUAAUUUAGAUAUUGAAAAUUUCAAUCACAGAGUACCUUAUACUACCAGAAAUGCUCAAGAAGACGUAAACACUUUCAAAUUCGCUUAUAAAUAAGUACGGAAAGCAGAUCAGACUCAAGCAGCUGGCGAAGAUAAAUUCUAGAAAAUAAGCCUCAGCAAUGUCAGAGGUUACAUAAAGCACUUAGCCAGAACGCUUUGCCCCAAACUCAGGCUCAAAAUCAGUCAAAAAGCUUAAAAUUUCAGAAGAAAAUCCCCAAAAAGUGUCCUAGUCAGAAGAAUAUUGUUGGUCCUGACUCAAGACAUAAAGAUGCACCAUCUGUGAAUCAGAUUAAAGAGAUUGUCGGUUCCUUAAAAUUGCCAAAUCGGAAACAUGAGCUAAAACAGAGCUUUAAAGAAAUCCCCAGAGAUUCAGCCCAUCUUACUGAAAUGACUAAAUGCUUAGUUCAGCCUAAUCUGAUGAUAAACUUAAAGACGAUUGAUAUCAAAAAGAGCCACAAGGAAGAUUACAAAAAUUUCAGAAAGAAAAUAACUAUGCUAAAGAAAUUGUGCAGUGUCUAAAAAUAUUCACUGGAAUGCUUAAAAAUUUAUGGACA